AUGGCGAGUUACAAGACUCCUCGCCGCCAGUCAAUGGAUCAUCCCAUGGGCGAGAGUCCAUUUGAUGACGCUAGGCAUUCCAUUGACUCGAGACCGGAUUCGAAAGGUUCGAAGAGAUUGUACAGUAAUCGCAAUGCCCGACCGACAAUCCUAGGAAAUGAUGGCGAAGGUGGAUGUUUUUUGGGACCUGCUUUCGAUAACGAUGAAGAGUAUCCGGACGAGAAGCGUCACCGCUCUGAAAAUUGGCCUUUACCAUCGGCGCCAGUCCCACAGGAGGCAGUUAUCCCUCCGUCUCGAGUUUCUUCACGCGCUCAAAGUCGAACAAGUCAAAGAAGUCGAAGAUCUACCGCAUCUCCCCAACCUAGUCGGCCUUCUCUACAGAGAUCUCGUCCCUCGAGAUUUAUGGAAGGUAGCAUGAAUGAUAAAGUCAGUAAACUUCCGCCGACACCAUACCUUUACCAUGAAGAGGAGCUUCGUGAGCGAUACAUUGAGGACGAGCUUAUGGGAAAUAAUGGCCAGACAACUCCAGGUAGAAAGAUGGCAAAGCCUCGCGGAUUCAUGCUUCAUUCAAACACAUCUAUGGGUGCAGAAUCCUCGCUCGCAGGUAACUCCGAUACUUCUCGACAAUCAACCAUAUUUCGAUUCGGUAGUAAGCUUGCAGCGUCAAUCAAACCAUCCAACUGGAAGAUAUUCUCAAAGCCACAAAAAGCUCCGGAGGAAACACCUCAGCAGCGAGCGAUACGAGAACAAAGGGAAAAGGCAGAAAAAAUGUAUCACGAAUUGAAGACAGACAAUUACUUUCGAAAACGUGCAAUUUUUCAGCAGCCAGGCUUCAAUGCUGUCAGGCAUUCUAUGGAUCAAACCCCACGAAUCAAGCAUGAUUCUGGAGUCGAAUUGAACGACAAAUAUCAUUCCCGAGACAAUUUGCCCUUGGGGGAUAAGAGGCAGAGUAGACUUAAUGCCAGUACUCAAGACUUUUGUAUUGACAGCCCCGGCCCUAAGAUAUCUGCCCCUGUUGAAGCUUCGACUCCUCGAAGUAUUUUCCACCGUAAGACACCAUCAAUGUCGAACCUUCGAAAUAUGACGAGUAGAGAGUGGAUGUCGCGACCUGCCUUUCCAGAAGAUCCUCGAUCUGUAAGAAAAGUUCCGUCAAGAAAGGAAUUUCAAAGACAACAGAAGUUAGUCAAGCGUGUCAGUGAUUUGGAGACAAAGCUUGAAGAAGCUCGUCGCCAAUUGACGGAUACUUUCGCAGAGCCACUUCCUGAUGAGCACAUCUACCAACCUCCUGAUUUCCAACAACAGCGAUCGUAUCAGCAGUCAUACCAGCAACAGCCAUCGCAAUCGCACCCUCCUUCAUCUGACCGAUUUGGUAGAGCACGUUUCGUACCCGGUGCUUUGGCAACCCUUCCAUCCGAGAGACUUUUGAGCGGUUAUGUUAAUCCUACAGCAGAUUUCAAUGAUAAUGAGAAUUUCUAUAACAUUGGAACAGCAAUUACUACGCAAGACAGUAUGGAUCAUAUUUCGACCGGCCCGACUGAGUUGUUCAAGACGAGCGAGAUACGUCCUGUACACACAAGUCAGCCUCCUAUCACAGCACCGGAGGAGGGAUCAGAGUACGUGCUGUCUAGCAUCGAAUCUGAGUCUGAUAGUGAAAUGUCUGAUGUCCAUAAUGCCCAAACGAUUGUUAGAGGCGGAUCUGUCAAUGGUGCCAAGAUGGCGGUUGAAGUCAAGCCUACAACUUCACGUAUUCUUUCACAGCAAGCGUUUAUUGAAGGACAUUCUUUCGAAGCAAAGGCCGACCAAACUCGCGCAGUGAAGAAGAGCGUCGAGAAAGACGGAGCUUUUAGACCUACACCCGAAUCUGAAUCUGAUUCCGAAUCUGGUCCAGAUCUUGAUGUCAAACCUCUUAAGAAAGUCAGAAGUAGCCGAAAUCGCAAGUUUAUCAAUGAGAAGAGUCCUUACACUGGGCCAUCUUCUCCCGAAGAGAAAGUCGUUUCUGAUAGUGCACAUAAGUCAACAGCCCGACAACCUCUUCCUGGCCGUGGAACCGAGAGACCCAGAAGCAUACUUGUAAAACUCAAGAUUCCCAAAGAUUCACCUCCUGACAAUACUGAUGGUGAUUCUCUCAGCUAUACUAAGACGAGAAGAGCUCCAUCUUCACAAUCCGAACCUAAGGUUGAUAGUGUUGACCAAGGAACCAUUCUACCACAUACUUUUUACGGCGUCCCUCCUGUACCCAGAAUCCCUCAACAUGUCCGACUUCCUAGUGGUGAGAUGCUCAACACAAACGAGACCAGACCACAGCACACGCAAGCAAGCCAAGAACCUGGAGACUGGCCCGAUGAUCUCGAAAUCUUCUAG